UUAAGGGAGACUUUGGAAGAGGGGAUGGUAUUAGGACAGAGUGGUGGGAGUAAUAGUAAAAUAACUUCUAAUCAUCAAGAUCUAACUACAACAGGAAGACUGAGUAGUCAUCAAAGUAAAACACAAACUAGUCAGGAGAGGGCUCCGACGCCAGGACGAUGGAGUUCAAGUCAUCGGCCUUCUAGUACCGAACAAACGAGCAGAAACCAUGGCACUAUUGCCUUCAAGCAGGACUCCAGUUCGCUAUCAAAUCGGAUAUCGAAUCAGAAUCACAUCAAUUUGCUGCCGAAACUAGGACAAGAAAUUUUACAUUUACAAACAGGAGAACUACCAGAACCUGUUGUAGGAGCUGCAGCAGAAAGUAAAAGCCAUCAGAUGGAAACGAGGAAAGCCAUAAGAUCGCCAUUCGCAAACCCUCUAGACACGGAAUGCGCGAUUCGGCAUAGUGUUGAUUUAGACCGCCUGGCUGCCCAUGCAGAGGAAGCAGCAGCAGAAAGGGAGUUCUUUGGGAGUACCUCUUCUAUGACGGAAAGGGCGCAAUCCGUUAUUGUGAGUGAGAGUGGGGAUGAAAAGAGGAUGAGCAUGAGACGAAGCAUCAACGAGGACAAAAAGAAGACGUACAAAACCAACAGGAACAAGCUUCGACAAGAUCGUCGUGAAGAAGAGGAUUCACCAGAUCCUAGCGAAGCUUCUACGUCUUCACAACAAGAGCACAACUUUUAUUCCCUCUACGUGAUGGUCUUGGAUGGGAUGAGUCGUAUAGCGAUGGAAAUAUUCGGAGGGGAGCUACUCCACGAUCUGCGGAGCAACAACAUCGACGAGGACCUAGAGGACCGAGACCAUCUUCAGAACUCGAAGGAUCGAGCAGACAAGGACUUUGAUCCUCGACGAGAUCCUCUACGAGAUCCUCGACGAGAUCCUCUACGAGCAGACAAGGACUUUGAUUUCCUCGAAUUUCCUCGUGCACAUACAUUGAAUGAGAUGGGGACCAUGGGAAAUUUUUUUCCGGCAAUAUAUGGCGGGAGCGGGUGGAUGUGCAGUCAUGACUACCACUUACGAAUCUGGUCGAGCAACAAGUGAUCAUCUGACGAUUAACCAGGAUCUACUGAAGAUUUCACAAGUGAUUAUAUUAAGGGUAGGUUAAAGGUGCUUUUCUUACCGCUUUUUAUGCCUCUCCUAAGGGAGAAAGGCAUAACAAGCGGGGUAAGCGAGCACCAAAAACCUACCUCUAAUUAUAGUCAAACGCAAACUACUCCUCCAUACACCCUGCUACGAUACGGAUACUAGUUGUACUUCGUUUCUAUUCAAUUAUAGAUUUCUCCACGACCUGACUGCUCCUGCUCGUGCACGACCCUACACAAUUUUUCAGAAUUUGGAGAGCGACAGUGUCGCAUCAUUUUCAAUAUCUACCAAAAAAUCUCGUUUUUAGCCUUCUCCUCUUUCAUACCGCACAAACCUAUCGAGUACGAUAACCUUCCAGCCAAAUGCCAACGUAGCCGAGCAGGAUGCGCGCGAACGAUGUUGCUUAGACUGCGAAUCCCCCAACAAAACUUGGAGUCAGCGCUAUCUUCCUCUCUAUCUCAAGAAGCUCUUCGGGUAUGAGACCGCUUAUAGUUCGGACGCUUUUAAUGAGAUCAAGGGCAUGCAGUUUGCUGUGGAUAUGCGUGGAGGACCAGAUGGGAAAAUGAUGAUGAAAAUGCAGAUGAUGGAUGUCGUGGAGAAGAACGCAACGCCUAGUACACCAGAGUCUACGACGACCACGACUACAACCACUAGAAACCCAAACCCAGCCAUCCAUUGGGACAGGAUGUUCGCGCGUGGAGUUAACCUGCCACCACUGUCACCCAAGAACUACCACCAAGUCCUGGACUUCAACGAAGACGUUUUGGAGCGAGUUGGAGGAAAGAAGGAGUUACGAGAGCAGGAGUUACAACUUCUACGUAUCUAAAUCCAUAUCUAAAUCCAAUACAAAUCCAUGGACGCGAGGUAUCUAAAAAUACUCUUGCAUCUAUCAGAAGAUCACUACACAUUUGAUACCCAUUGUGGAACCAAGCGGAAGCAGGGCCUUCCCCUCAGAAGUCCAUUAAGAAGAGAGUAUUCACUUCAACAAUGUAGGCUCUAGGUCUUCUACUUCGUAACCUCUAGAGAAGUAUGAUAUUUUUCAUUUCAUAGUCGCCACCGAAGUUUCUGUUGAGUCGACUGUAUUUCGCCCAUUUUGGUCUACAUCUAGACCUCAGACGGCGAGCUGGUAUGAUCGCGCGACAUUUGAGACGAGUGAUGAGGAAGGCUAUUAUGAUAAGAAAGGCACUUAAGUGUUUUAGUCUCAGAUAAAGUUGUAGCAAGGUCAGAAGCAUCAUCUUCCAUCAUUUUCAGUUAUUCUAUCGAAUUAUGACCGGUAGAAUUCGCCGCUUAUUCAGAAUACUUACAAUGCUAAUGCUAUUUAAUAUACCCUCACAGCGUCCUCCUCCUCUUCCUCCUCCACCAUCUUCUGUCUCUCCACCCGCCACUUUCAUGCUUCAAGGUCGAUUGAUCACUUUUCUCGUGUCGGACCACGGCAUGUUCAGCGAACUUCUUCCUUGCGAGAGACUACGCCCAUUUUGGUCCGCUCUAGUACCGACAAAACGUCAAGGCUUUCCGGAAAAAAUACUAGACAAUCUGAAUUCGCAUAAAGAAGGGCGACACAUCCUCUCCGCGUGGGAUUUGUUUGCGACGUUGAGGAAUGUGCCAUUGUUGACAGGAGCAAAUCCAAAUGACUCUUCAACACCUUCAACGCGUGACAUCAUCUGGCCACCAGUUCCUGCUUUGGAAAAUGGUCGGAUGGAAAACGUCACAGUUUUUCCAGUGCAAAGAACAGGCGUGGGAGCGGCUAAUAAGUUUCAGGACCCGGAGGGAGUGUUGACUAGGCAGCAAUGGGCUGAACUGACACCUGUGAGUUUGUUCGAGAAGUGGGAAGGUCAAACAGGAGUUCCAGUUCGUCAUGUUGAUGAGCACCGUACAGCUACAGGCACAGCAGGUGCUAGAGACGAUAUUAAUAGUACUACUGCCAGUGCCAACAUUCUUUUUACGUCUAGACGAGCAGCUACAGAGGAAAGCCCACCUCGAAGUUGUGCUGCGGCUGGCAUUCCUGACGGUCAUUGCGAGUUACUGGCGGAUGCAGCUGCUGAAGUUCCGAUCAUUGCACCUGAAACACCGCCAAAGAAGACUACUAGUACUCCAGAUGCUGAAGGUCAAGAACAGAUGGAGGCAGCAGAUGAUAUCGACCAAGGACCAGCUGUAGGUUCGAUGACAGGACAGUCAAAAUCAGAUCUAGAGGUGCUCCUGAAGAAUUUCUUGAAGAGACGUGCUGGAAAAAACUCGGUUUUGUUGCUCUGCAAAGGAGACUACCAGACCCUUUCUUCUACCACAAAGCUGAAUCUGUUACUAAACAUGCACAGAGACUUCUUUGAAGUGUUAGCGGAACAACAACAGCGGACAACGUCUCCCUUACAGGAGUUACGAGCCACCGUGAAAAAGCAGCAUCAUCUUCGUUAUCAACUUUGCCAAAACCUACUAGGAGAUUACGUGAAGAAAAUCUAUCUAGAACCGGCAAACUUCCCACAAGAGCGCAUGCGUGGAGCCUCUUUAGACUUCAGGAGUGCUCAAAAGACCGGUCUCGGAGAAUUCUUAGAGCAAAGACUUCAGCUGCAAAUGCUAAGGGCUGAUGAAGCUGCGCCGCAUUUGGCGGCUCAGCGAGCGCAGGCGAACACAUCAGUAGUCGUAUCUCCGAGCACAAUAGUACAUACACCACUUUCAGCACAACUACCUCUACAUCAUCAACAAUCCCCGUCAAAAAUAGCGCACGAAAAUGAAUAUAAUCAUAAACAACAUGAACAUAGGCACGCGGCCACAGGAGCACUAGGAAGGCUUCUGCGAGUCGUGGCAACGAAUGAGCAAGAUGAUGUGGAAUUCCUUUCACGUGGAGCAGUGGAGGAGUUAGACCCUUUCGAUGCUUGUGGUUUGCAAACGUUGCAGCAAGUGGAGAAGCUACUAGUAGAUCCACUUAAGGCUCAACUUUCCUUUUUAGUCAUUCUUGGGGUCGUUGGUCACUUCUGAGAUCGAAGAGGCGACCUUCCCUUGAGAGUAGAACAGCGGAAACAAACGAAGGGAAAAGGGGAGAGCUUUGAAGGUGGUCUCUUCCGUUCCGCAUCAGUGGCUACUGACUGCUGGCCUUUAAUCCACGGAGCAUGCGAGGUCUUGGGCAGAGCAGUGCACUUGUGUACUUCAGUUCGCAGGCACAGAAGAGGGAGCAGGUCUAUGAGAUAGUAUGUCACUGAUUGAGAUUGUAUCAACAAGUUUAAUUACAUGAUCACUAGUAUAGUUGAACUUGAAGUUCGUGGAAAUAGUCUCAAAUCAAAUUGCUGGAUUGUUUUUGAGAAGACACUUGUUCACGUUCUUCUGACUAAAUAAGUGCAUCGAUGUACUUAUUUAGUAGACGCACGUCUCUAAUAAUCCGUAGCAGAGGACCACGGUGGAAGCAUGCCAGUGCGACACUAUGAGGCUGUUUUAGACCUAGGCGGGCCGCGGUUACGAAGCGAGGGCAUACUUGAGAUCACACGAUAUCGCAAGUUAUGGUUUUCCAGAUUUGGAACUAUUUAAUCUGUCUGAAAAGUGACGAAGAUUGCAAUCAGACCUUGGCAAGGAAGCUGGUAAAGCAGAAAUAGACGAAUUGCACCUCCUCCAUCUUCCUAUUCCUUUGCCCUUCUAACCAUCUAACUCCACCUACCUCCCCUUCUAACCCUCUACAAAGCCUGUACCCCGCAUUGGGGCCGUACUAUAUGGUGUAGCUGUGGUUGGAACGCGACGACUAGUCCCGUGAGCAAAUGGCGUCAUGAUUUGCCAAUAUGGGACGUUUUAUAUAGACGUGAGCUAGCCCAAUACAUGGCAGAUCUAGGGACGAGGUGAUCGCGAUGGUGAUGUCACUAAGCAAAUGCAGAGAUUGAGAUUUUCUUGAUAAGGUUGGACUUUCACGUGGUGUUCAGUAGCUCGAGAUGUCUUCGCUUAUCUUAGAAGCACCAGUUUUAAACACACUCUUUGACUUGCUAUAAUGGUAAUGGAUUCGUUUGUUCUGUAGCUGUCGAGACAGUUCUUGACACUUCUCCAGUCGGG